AUGAUGAUCUGCCUUGCGGGACUUGUCAGUUUUUUGUUGGUUCUCACAGCUGAAGCUCAAGUGGGAUUGACGGAUGAGAAUUCCUUAUGUAAAGACACAGAACAAUGUCUUCAACAUACAACAAUUUGUAAUAACACCAUUUAUGAGGUCCGCCGCUAUGAAUCUGUGAAAUGGGUUUGCACUUCCUUCAGCGCUCCAAAUUGGAUGCUUGGAGUAGGACCUGCCUUUUGGCGUGUGUAUAAUUAUCUUAAAGACAAUAACAUGGGCAUGAGCACAUCUCCUGGGACCGUUCAAAAGCCUGCUGAUGCUCCUCCCAAUUCUUGGUUUUCCAAAUUUGUGAAUAAUCCCAAAUUAGCUAAUCUCAUUCCCAAAAUGCCUGAGUACACCCUCUGCUUUCUGCUGCCAAUCGAACAUCAGAACAACCCUCCUGAGCCAACAGAUGCUAAGGUGGAGAUUGUGGAGACUGAGCAGAGGUACGUCUACGUCAGGGCCUACAAUGGCUCGCUGACAGACGAGUCUGAUCAAGCUAAACUGCUGUUCAACAGUAUCAAUAAGAAGAGCUAUGAAAAUGCCCGCAUUAACGCUCUUUACAACCGUCCCAGCAUGACCCAAUAUAUAGAAGUGUGGGUUGAGGCCAAUUCUACGGCCCAAUGCUGA